UUCCGAAAGAGGGAGCUCAGGAGAGACUGUUGCAGUAGUAGCGGCAGCAGCCCGUAGCUUGGGUGGAGGUGCUUAGAAGUGCCGGGGUGAAAACCAGCCAAACCCUGGACCUGAUGGUAGUUGAUCCAGGCAAGACGAUCCAGGCAAGACGAUAACAUAAAGAUCAUAAUAUCAGAUGACGUGCAAGCUUCAAAUAUAUCAUCCUUGGACCUAAAUUAUUGUCCAGCCCCCAUAUAAGCAAAGCAUACUUAUAAUGCCCAAGUAGAUUAAUAGUUGUUGCGUACUCUGCUUUUAAACCAAAGCCAUCUUUCAACCAAAAUGAGAAGCAGCAACAUGUGAAUACAGGAUGUGGUUUUCAAAUAACUGAAGUGUGAAGCAAACCUCAUGAAUUUCAACCACAGAGAUUCAGAGAGCAUCACAGCUGUUUGUCCUAAUGAAGACCUCCCUGAAGUAGAACUGGUGAGCAUGCUGGAAGAACAGCUCCCUCAAUACAAGCUGCAUGUGGAUUCUUUAUAUCUCUCUGAAAAUGAUGAUUGGAUCCCGUCUCCAGGCUGCCACAGUCACGUCCCUGAAAAUUCUUCUCCAGUCCUUGCUGAGGAGACCUUCCGUUACAUGAUUCUUGGCACAAACAGACGAGAACAGGUGGCGAACUGCAAUGAUGCUGAAGUGGUCACACAUCUGCUCGCUGAGCGAGAUCGAGAUCUCGAAUUGGCAGCACGAAUUGGACAAGCCCUACUUAAAAGAAACCAUAUCCUAACUGAGCAAAAUGAAGCUCUGGAAGAACAAUUGGGACAAGCCUUUGACAAGGUUCACCAGCUACAGCAUGAGCUAACCAAAAAAGAUGAGCUGCUUCGUGUGGUGUCCAAUGCUUCUGAAGAAAGUGAGACUGACUCCAGCUGUUCCACGCCACUUCGCUUCAAUGAGUCCUUCAACCUGUCCCAGGGUCUCCUACAGUUGGAUAUGUUGCAGGAUAAACUUAGGGAAUUGGAGGAGGAGAACCUUUCCCUUCGAACAAAGGCCUGCCAUCUGAAGACUGAAACCAUGACAUACGAAGAGAAGGAGCAACAGCUAGUCAGUGACUGUGUCAAAGAGAUCAGGGAAACAAAUGCUCAGAUUGCAAGAAUGAGUGAGGAGCUAACAAGAAAGAAUGAUGAGCUGCUUCACUAUCAGGAAGAGAUCUCAUCCCUCUUGUCCCAAAUAGUUGAUCUUCAGCAUAAAAUCAAAGAGCAUGUAAUUGAAAAGGAAGAGUUGAGACUGCACCUACAAGCUUCCAAAGAUGCCCAGAGACAGCUGACAGCAGAGCUGAAUGACUUACAAGAGCGGAAUGCCGAGUGUCUGGAGAUGUUGCAGGAGUCGCAAGAAGAAGCAAAGGGACUGCGCAGCAGAGCCAGCCACGCUGCCCUCCUCUGCCGCCCCCAGUCGUGUGGAGCAUUUCCUGUGGAAUCUUUGGCAGCAGAGAUUGAGGGAACAAUGCGGAAAGAGAUGAGUUUGGAUGAAGAAUCUUUCUCUAAACAAAAGGAUCAACAAAAGCGUGUAUUUGAUACUGUCAGAGUAGCUAAUGUUAUGCGUGGCCGUUGUGCUUCGUGUCCUACCCCGCUACCCAUUCCGGGGUCAAAUCGUUCGAGUGUUGUCAUGACAGCACAGCCUUUUCAUUCUGGCUUGCAACAUGUGGACGGAAAGGUGCAUCAGUCUCGGAAGACCAGCUCAGAGAACAUUUCCAAAGAAGCAGAAAAGCUGGGCCAUCCUGGUGUCCCUGGGGGAGACGAUUUAGCCACCGCUCUGCACAGGCUUACUCUCCGUCGUCAGAACCAGUUCUUUGAAGAAGAGUGGGAGCGCAGGAUGCGUUUGCUGCCUGACCAGAAAGAAGAACUCAGUGGUUGUAGUACACCAGUGGAGAUAUGCCUUUCACUGGGAAGCGGUACAGAACUUACAGACUUCUCUGGGUCUUCCAGCAGCCUGCGUUCUCUCCUCCCAGAGAAACUGCAAAUUGUCAAACCUCUUGAAGGCUCUCAGACCCUCUUCCACUGGCAGCAGUUGGCUCAGCCUAACCUAGGCACAAUUCUUGACCCACGCCCCGGUGUUGUCACAAAAGGUUUCACACCGCUGACGGAAGAUGACGUCUAUCACCUUUCUGAUUUGGAAGAAGAUGAGGUAGUAAGGGAUGAAGGCAUAAUGUUCCAAGUGCAGCAGUCCCCUCUAGAGGAAAGGAAGCCCACAGUGCCAAAGUCCAUGGCAGGAAUCUUCCUGCCACCCAGUAAAGUAGCAGCAGUUUCCCUCACAGCUUCCAAUCCAGGAAAAUGUCUCUCAUCAACAAACUCUACAUUUACCUUUACUACUUGUAGGAUACUCCACCCAUCUGAUAUCACACAGGUUACGCCCAGUUCUUCAUACGCACCCGUGUGCUCUGGAAGUUGUAGCAGUACAAGCAGUACGGUUACAAGCUCCCCCACCACGUCAUACAGGCUUAGUAUUGGAGAAUUCCUUACUAACAGAAGAGACUCAACUACCACUUUAAGUAGCACAAGAAGCUUAGCUAAGCUUCUGCAAGAACAGGGUAUCUCAGCAAAAGUCUACAACAGUCCAGUUUUGGAGACAGCGCCAAUGUUUCAGCCCCCCAAGAUACUUGCUGUUCCCUCAACACCACCAAAUUCUCCUUUGCAUUCCCCUUGUCCUUCCCCUUUGCCUUUUGAGUCGCGAGCAAAUGUAUCGGAAAAAUUUUUGGCCUCUCGACCAGCUGAAACGUUACUGCAGGAGAUGUACGGACAUAAAUCCUCUAAUCCUUGUGAUGUAGGACAGCUGAAGAUGAACCUGGUGGAGAGGCUGAAGAAACUGGGUAUUGCAAGAGCUGUCAAACAUCCUGAAGCGGGGGACAAUAAAAAUAGUCGAGGAGCAAAAGGUGGCCUGCAAAGGCAGGACUCGGCUGUGUAUGUAAGUGCAGGCAGCAAUCUGAUCGUUGGACUGAGAAGAAACCAAAGCCUUCCAGUCUUGAUUGGAGCACUUGGAGGCCCAGUGAGCACAUCUUCCUCAAAAAUGGGAGUCCUGAAGGAGGAUUGGGGAGUUUAGCAUGAUGGACUUUUAGCUGGCGGAAUAGCACAAAAUGCAUAGACUGUAUGUAGGUCAUGGUUAAAAGAAUGUUUAAAAGAGGGUUGUUGCAGGAGACAGGUAUAUGGCUAAAGACGAGGAGGGGGAGACUUUGCAUGCAAUGUGGAAAAAAAGUAAUACAUUUUAAGAGAGGAAAGAGCAAACCAAAAUUCAGUCUUGAGACCACUGAAAUCUCUAACCUUCUGUGAUGAUCAGUAGGAGGCCUCACAAACAAAUACAUUAUAUUUUCUAUCUUUGAUAUUACAUGUUUGGAGCAGUAAAUAUCUAUGUAAGUUUUAUCUAUGAGUGUGUUUUACCAGGUAUUUCCUGAAAAAUCCUACCACUUAAAUUUAAUUCUAAGGGGAGGAGUAAACUCUUCAUUAAAUACUGGUCCAGAACAAUGGGUGCAAUGCGUUUUUAGAGGAGAGCUCAGCUUAAUUUAUAAAUUAAAAAUACAAAUACCAACGGAAUAUAUACUAGCUCUCUAAAAAAAAAAAAGAGUGUCACCAGCUCAGUGAAGAAAAUGCUUAAGAUGUAUAAAUAUCCAGGAGUGCAGAAUUACAUUGGUAGCUCCUAUUGCACAAACAAACAAAAAAACCUCAGGCAAAUAUUAAGAAGGGCGUAAAAUCCAUGUGCUUUUUUAGAGUAUAUAUUUAUUUGAUUUAAGUGGGGAGCAUAUAUUUAGCAGACAAAGAAUACUGUGUUUGAUAUUCUAUUCUGCAUCUGGCUGUGUGUGGGACAUUUUCAGAGUAUUAAUGUCUUUGAGUAAUUCCAUAGAUUUACAACACAGCCCCAGUUGAUGUGACUGUGGAUUGGAGCCAUAGUUUUGGGGGAAAUCUGUUUUAUAAAAUAAAGAACAUAGUCACUUUCUUUCUGAUUCUUGCCAAGCUUCCAUGCAAAGUUUUCAUAGAAGAGAGAUCCAGAAAUCUACUGCAUGAAGUAACAUGCACAACUCCCAAUGCUAAAUCUGUUUUCAAGCUGCAGUAGACACAAAGACUAGCAUUGCUCAGAAUGAAACUUUUCUUUCCUAAGAAGAGAAAUUCUAAAUCAUAAUGUUUCUGAAUGAAUCAGUUCUGGGAUGGCAGACGUUUCUGCUUCGGAAGAAUGGGCAGGUAGAAAUUUAGUCUCUCUCUGGAUAGCUUUGGAUGUGAAAUAGAAGCAGAGAGGAAGCACAAGUGACUUGUAACUCCAUCCAUCCAUCCUUUCCAUCUGAUGACUGAAGUAAGAACAUCAGAUACAUGAACUCUAUGCACAUCUAGAAAUUAGCCUAUCUCACCCCAGGGUGAGAAUACUUGCAAAUCAUGAAAUACUGGCGACGAGCUGUGUGAUCAAACUGAUUUGUGUUUAUGGUGGGCUAAUGCACAUAACUACCUUGCCAACAGCGCACAUUCACAACCCAUGCAGGGGAAAAGGUCUGCAUGGUUUGAAAAUUAAGCACAGGUGGUGGCACGGUGACAACUCUUAGGCACGAUGAUAUGAGUUAGUAAAAAGGCCAUUCUGUAUAUGAGUUCCAGUUACUGCAGGAUAUAUCCAAAAGUUCUAAACAGAUUAGGUAUAAGACACGUGAUGGCUUUGUAUGUAACUGUGUGACUUAAAACAUGGCUUUUCUCCCCAAAUAUUUCAGGCAUUUUUGAUGGUUUCUGUAAAACUGUAGCUUCUAAAAAUGUCAAAUAGUUACACAAGUAUUUUGUCAACUGAUAUCUCUCUCAGUAUCAUCCAUGAGAGUAUAGUAGCUCAGUUGGUUGUGGAAACUAAGCAAAAUCCUGUAAAUGAUUAAAAAAAUGUAUUUAAUAUAAAUUGCUAUAUACGGGUUAAUUCUAUUUUAAAUUAAAAGUAUAUUCUAAAAUUUUGAAAGUAUUUAGAGUACAUUUCCUUAAUGGUAUAUUAUAGUUUGUGGUCUUUGACAAAAUAUAUAAAAGGGAAUUUUGUUUAAUUUGCUCUCCAUUAAGCUUGGAGUCCAACAGAUUCUGCUGUAUUUUUACAGUAGUAGGGAAAAAUCAGGUAAUGGAAAAAUAGCAUUUGCGUAUGCUAGCAAGCACCGUCUAGUGGGAAACAAGCACAAUGUUUCAGUUAGUUUGGAAUUGAUAUAUAUCUGAUGUAUGCAAUCUAUAAAUUCUUGCUGCGUUCUACCUUUUUACAACAACAACAUAAUAAUAAUAAUCUAGAAUGAAUGUGGAUUUCUAACCUGAUUUCUUGUAACUGUAUCUGUUAAGUAUCUGUACUUGUUAUCUGUGGAAGAAGCUGACCUGUAAACCAGACCUCUUUCUGCAGACCAUAUUCAUGUAAAAGUUAAUUUUGUAUUUUCAGGAAAUGCAUGUUUUAAGACAUCUUCUCCCCUUCUACUAAGAGGGUCAUCUGAAAUCGUCCUGUCCCCCCAAAAAUAGAAAUAUAGCCUGGUCCUUUCCUUGAUGCAGGAGAUAGCUGAUAUUUUUUGUCAGUUGGCAGCCCAUAGCAGCAAAAAAAUUCUACUUGCAUUCCAUAGGUAUUCAGUUGCAUUUUGUACAAUGUGCCUAAAAACCCUCCUUAAGAAAAUCAGCUGGGAGCUAGGGUAAUGCCACCUUUGUGCCAAACCCUUUUUAAAGCAUGAACCUUGGAACAGAGGGCACCAGAGAAUCAGUACAAGAGAUACUGAUUAUGCAAGUGAUAUCCCAGAUUGCUGCUAUUAUAGGUGACUUAUGUGGCAGGUCUGAUUUAAUCACCAGUAAAAAAAUAAAAUAAAGUCCAGUAGGAUGUCUUGAAGGACAUGAUUCUCAUGAGAAGAAGAAAAUAAUGCAAUUGGCUAUCUCUUUACUUGCAUAUCAACUUAUCAAAAUGAGUUCUAUACUUGAGCGCUAAUUCAGCACAAAGAUGUACACAUAUACACUCUUGUAAUAUAAAUCAAUAUUUAAAAGUUUUUCAUUGUAUCCUGAAUUCUAUACAUAUUUGAUAAAUAAACAAUUUAAUAUGUU